AUCCUCAGCAACAGCCUUCUCCCACCUCCCCUGCAUUGGCUUACCGCCCUCCUGCCGAGAUGUCCUGCCAGCAGAACCAGCAGCAGUGCCAGCACCCUCCCAAGUGCCCCCCACCCAAGUGCCCCCCAAAGAGCCCUGCACAGUGUUUGCCUCCAGCCUCCUCGGGCUGUGCCCUGCCCUCCGAGGGCGGCUGCUGCCUGGGCCACCACAGGCGCCGCAGGUCGUGGCGAUGCCGGCGCCAGAGCUCCGACUCCUGUGACGGGGACCAUGGUCUGCAGUCCGGGGGCUCUGGCUGUGGCCAGGGCUCUGGGGGCUGCUGCUGAGGAGCCCACGGGUUCCUCUGCUCUGUGCUUCACAGUGUUCUCCCUGGGUCUGACCAUUUAGAGAAAUAAAGCCUCUUCUCACACCA